AUGUCCUUCAGGAGCCGAGAGCCCCACCAGAGAACCCCACUCCUAUUGCUGCUCUCCGUCUUGACCCCAAGCCUCAAUGCUUGCCUGGUGAACAAUUCCACCAAUGGCAGUUCCGUCUACUGCCACCCACCUGCAGAAAUCCUCAUCCGCCUCCCAACCAACACUGUCUACCUCUCGGUGGAGUUCUUCAAUCUGACCCAGCUGCCAUCCAACAUCCUCCAGGGCGCCUCCAACCUCCAGGAAUUACACCUCUCCAGUAAUCAGCUGGAAAAUCUCUCAGCUGAGUUUCUGCUGCCUGUUCCUCAGCUGAAGGUACUGGAUCUGACCCGCAAUGCCCUGGCCCAGCUGCCGCCUGGCCUCUUCCAGGCCUCAGCCGCCCUUCACACCCUGGUACUGAAGGAGAACCAUCUAGAAAUCCUAAAGGCCUCAUGGCUGAACGGCCUGAAAGCACUGCAGUAUCUGGACUUGUCAGGGAAUCGCCUCUGGACGCUGCCCCCGGGGCUACUGGCCAACUUCACAGCCCUGAAAACCCUUGACCUUGGCAAUAACCAGCUGGCGACCUUGCCCCCUGAUCUGUUGAGGGGGCCGCUGCACUUGGAACGGCUGCACUUGGAAGGCAACAGAUUGAAGGAGCUGGGCAAAGACCUCCUGGCACCCCAGCCUGGCCUGCAGUUCCUAUUCCUACAAAACAACAACCUGACCAGUGUGGCCGCCGGCGCCUUCCGAGGUUUGCAGAAGCUGGACAUGCUGGACCUCUCUGGUAACUUGCUGAGCAGCGUGCCCACAGGACUCUGGGUGUCCCUGGGGCGGCCAACUCGUGCAAUGAAGGACGGCUUUGACAUCUCUGGCAACCCCUGGGUCUGUGACCAGAAGCUGGUUGACCUUUAUCACUGGCUCAUGGCCAACAAUGACACCAUGUUCUCCAGGAAGGACACGUUCUGCGCGGGGCCAGGAACCCUGAAGGGGCAGCUGCUCCUAGAAAUGGCCAGGUCCCAGUGA